AUGAAGUUGAGGUCAGGUUCAACCCUCUUCUUCAUCUUCUUGCUCUCUGCCAUCCAUGGCCUUGCUUUUGCUCAUGCAGAUCAUGAUGAGGAAGAUGGUGACAAUGGUGAUGAGAUGAGGCUGGAGAUGAUACACAGGUACUCUCCACAUGCCAAAGACCAUGGUGUGCAUGUAGAGAUGCCUCCAACCCAGCAAGAGCUCAUCCAGGAGCUAUACCGCCACGACGUCUUUAGACUUCAGAUGAUGGCCCAAAAGAGGCAACAAAACGGCCAUGAUCAAGGCCUCAACAGCAGCAGCAACAGCACAAGGCGAAUGGAUAUGCAAAUAAAACACUCCAUGGUAAUGCCGAUCAAUGCCGGUUGGGAUUAUGGUUUCGGGCAGUACCUGGUCAAGCUCAAAGUAGGAACACCUUCCCAGAAAUUCUUGGUGAUUGUAGGUACAGGCAGUGACUUGACAUGGGUGAAAUGCCGAAGCCACUGCGGUAAGAGUUGUGGCAUACGCAAAGGCAGGAUAGAACGCAGUAGGUUGUUCAAUAGAGAUCGCUCUUCUACAUUCAAACCCGUUCCAUGUUCUUCUAAGAUGUGCGAGUUCGAUCUUGCCAACAUGUUUUCUCUCAAUAAAUGCCCUAGCCCUUUAAGCUCUUGCAGAUAUGAUUACAGCUACGCGGAAGGAUCUUCUGCAUCGGGAACCUUUGGCACCGAUAUUAUAAGAGCAUCCCUGUCAAAUGGUAAGAGAACCAGAAUGAAAGAUGUGCUAAUUGGUUGCUCGGAAUCCGUCAUAGGCAAAGGAAGCGUCAAAGGAAGUGAUGGCAUGUUAGGGUUUGGACUUGGCAGGUACUCAUUCGCAACAAAAGCAGCUCUAAAAUUUGGUGGCAAGUUGUCUUAUUGCCUGCUUGAUCACAUGAGCCACAAGAAUGUCACAAGUUAUCUCACAUUUGGAGCCAACAAGAAAGCUGUAUUGCAGGGCAAAAUGAGCUACACACAGCUGAUUUUUAGUGACCGUAGUGUAGGUGCGAUUUACGGCGUACACCUACAGGGGAUCUCCGUUGGAGGCCAAAUGUUAAAUAUACCACUCCACAUAUGGAACCCAAAACUUGGUGGUGGUACCCUUCUUGAUUCAGGCUCAAGCCUAACAUUUCUGACCAAGCCAGCAUACAAGCCUGUCAUGACUGCCUUGACAAAGCCUUUGACGAAGUUGAGAAGAUUGUCAUCAGGAGGCGAUGGUUUUGACUUCUGCUUCGACCCCAGAGGAUAUAGAGACCGUUUGGUCCCAAAGUUGGUGUUUCAUUUUGCAGGUGGAGCAAAGUUUGCGCCACCAGUGAAGAACUAUGUUAUUGAUAUAUCGCCUGGGAAGAAGUGUAUUGCACUUGUCUCAGCUACUGAAGGCCCCUGUGUUAUUGGCAACAUAUUGCAGCAAAACCAUUUGUGGGAAUUCAAUUUGGUGCGGAAAACCUUGGGUUUUGCUCCUUCAACCUGCACCUAG